AAUUAUUUACUUAGUUGCGCGUCACUUAAGUUUAAUAAUGUGUUACCCAGAUUCAGAUCUAACUUUUUAAGUAACAAUAUAUCUUAUAUUUAUGGUCAUCCACUCUAAAAAACGUCACAGUGAUUUAACAGAUAAAAAAGCAUGUACAUUUAAAACAAUUUGAGUCUCGAGAAACUAAACAUUAUCACAAAAUGCAUAAAUGUUUCAUUCGUCUUUAAAUCUGCAAUAUUAAGUUGAGAAUGAUUGUCGAACCGUCAUAACAAGGCAGCUUUCAAUUUCGGGUUUGUAUUUUUAUUGGGAUGUUCCAUUCUUGUUAAUAUUUGUGCCAAAUGAGUGGGACGAAGUGUGAAGAAGAUAUUAUCUCUGAUCAUAAAAUAACAAAUAUCACCAUUUCACAAAAUAGUACAAGCGAUAAUACUAGAACCAUAUGCAAACCGGCAAUUAAAACUACCAAGACUUCAGCAACAUUAUCAAGGAAACUGAAUGCAGAUAAUGAUGCUAAUAAUACCAAUAGUUUCUUAUCCUUAUAUACCAGAUGCAUUAAAAAUUCAAAUAAACGAAAGAAAAAACAUUUAAAUGAUAAUAAUAAUAACAACAAUAACAGCGAUCAUAAUCAUCAAUCAAAUUUUUGUUUAAAUUUUUGCCGACAUUGUUCAUCGAAUACACCCUCUACUUCAUCGUCAUCAUCGUCAUCAUCAUCAUCGUCAACCGCAGCAACUGAAGCGGGUGCGUCGGUAGCGGUUGUAGCAACGGCAGGACGUAAAGAAUCAAAUAGUUUUUCAUUUCCAUUUUCAUUGGAUAAUAAUAAUCAUGACAAUUUAAUUAGUUAUACAUCAAAAAAUAAUAAUAAUCCUGGAAUUAAAAAUACACUUACUCCUAAUCAUACAAAUAACAGUAUAAUGUCUAUAUCGAAUUGUUCAAAUCAAUUUAAUAAUAUUUCAAUUCAUCCUAAUCAAAAUGAUAAUCACCAUCAUCAUCAUCAACAACAUAAAAUUAAUGCUCAAAACACAUCUGUACAUAUAAAUAAUAGGCAAAUAACUGAUACAUUUCAUUGUAAUACCACUAAUUCUAUAGAUUAUCAAAAUAAAUCUAACACAAUCACUACUGUUAUGCCAUCUAUACCUAUAAUAACCACUAUUGAAACAAUAAAUAAUCAUAAAAAUAAUUCACCAAUCAUUAUCACUGAUAAUUCAGUAUAUAUUAAUGAUAAUCAUAAAAAUUUAUUAGAAAUAUCUAAACUUCCAAUAUAUGAUUCAACAAAACUUUGUAUUCAAUGUCAAAAUAAUAUUCAAUCUAUUAGUAAAGAUUAUGAACAUGUACUACUUUUAACAAAUAAUCAGGGAAAACAUGAUCAGAUCAAUGUUGUUAAUAAUACCAUUAAUAAUAAUAAUAAUAAUAAUAAUAAUAAUGUGAAUGGGAAUAUUGAGCAUACUACUGACAUGAUUGAUGAUAUCAAGUCAAAAAAAAUCAAUGAAAUAGAGUCAGAUAUUGAAGAAUAUGUUAAACAUGUUCAACAUAUUUUUGAUCACAUAAAUAUGACAAAGGAUCAAAUUUGUCAAACUGAUUCAAAACGUAAUUAUAAUAUUGAUCAAAAACAAUUAUGGGAUGCAUUUAAUACAAGCUAUCAAAAUCAAGAAAAAAUAUUUCGACCUUCACAUAAUGAUAUAAAUACAUAUCAUUUAGAUGAUGAUCUGAAUAAUGAUGAUGAUGUUGCUGAAGAUGAUGAUGAUGAUGAUGAUGAAGAGAUUAUAGAAACUCAUUAUGAUAAUGUUCAUAGUUGUCGUAAAAUGAACAAUUUCUCUAUUGAUAAAAUGGAUACAAAACGAAUUUCAAAAAUCUAUAGACAACUUCAUAAUUUACGUUGUCAAGUUGAAUCGUUCUCCUAUCUAAGUUGGCUUGGAUUAACCGCAGAACAACCCCCAACACAGAAAAUUCUAGUUCCUGGCUUUAAUGCACCAGCUCCAAAUCCUCAGAUGCACUUAAUUCGUCGAUCUGAUGCAGAUAGUCGGAGGAAUAUACAAGAAUUUAAACUUCUAUGUAAAGAACCUGUUUCUAAAGAAGAUUUAAUUGAGUUACGCUCAUCUACUUUUAAUAAUUGGUCUAGAACAGAUGCUCAAUUAAUACGUCUAGUUCGAGAAAUGUUUCAAGAACUUGGAUUUAUUGAACAUUACAAUUUACAAUUACAUCGAUUAGAUUUAUGGCUUGCUGAUAUUUAUAGACGUUAUAAUCGUGUUCCAUUUCAUAAUUAUAAACAUGCAUUUAUGGUAACACAAAUGUGCUAUGUUUUAAUCUGGGGUGGAAAUUUGACCAAUCUACUUGACAUAGAUGAUCAGCUUAUUUUGAUUAUAUCGGCCAUCUGUCAUGAUUUAGAUCAUCCAGGAUUCAAUAAUGCUUAUCAGAUCAAUGCUGGAACCGUGUUGGCGAUGAGAUACAAUGAUCAAAGUCCAUUAGAAAAUCAUCAUUCGGCUGUUGCAUUUGAUUUAUUGAGUCAUAAAGAAGUUGAUCCCUUCUCCCAUCUUUCGACUGCUAUUAGACAACGAAUUCGAAAAGGAGUGAUUAGAUGUAUAUUGGCUACAGAUAUGUCACGUCAUAAUGAAAUAUUAGAUGAAUUUAAUCGUCAAGUUUUGACUGAUUUAAACGCUGCAUGGGAAAUUGAUCCAAAUACAAAAAAGCCUUCAUGGGUUAUGAAUAAAACACAAAAAGAUCUUGUUAUGGUAAUUAUUUUGAAAAUAUCUGAUAUAUCUAAUGAAGCACGUCCUUUAAAUGUUGCUGGUCCAUGGAUAAAUCGAUUAUUAGCGGAAUUUUUUCAUCAAAGUGAUUAUGAAAAACUUGUUGGUCUUCCAGUUGCUCCAUUUAUGGAUCGACAUAAAGUGACUAAAUCAGCUAGUCAAUGCGGUUUUAUUCGUUUUGUUAUUUUGCCUUUAUUCGAAUCUUUAGCUAAAUUAUUACCAGAAGUUAAACCAAUUAUUGUUCAACCGGCCUUAGAACAAUUAGCCUAUUAUACAGAUUUACAAAAUAACGAAGAAAAGAAAACCAAUACAGAAAAUCAGAAAUCAAAUAAUAGUGAACAUCAUAGUGAUAAUAAUAACCAUCAUCAAAAUAAAAAGGAACAUAACAAAUAAAAUGUGAUUACUUCGAUUAAGUCUACUGAUCCUGGACAACUUCCAAGCAUCAAGUUUUUCUUUAACGUUACUAUCAUUACUGUUGAUAAUUAUUUUAUUGAGUCAGUUUAACCAUUGAACAGUCAGAUGUUUCAGUGUUCAUGGUUACAGUAGCGAAAAGAUUUGUUUUUUCAAUAACAAUAAACACGUUCACAAAUCAUUUCAGGUAAAUAAUCAAGAAAUGUACUAAUUUUCAUUUUGUUGGUAAUGUUCAUAUUUUUUAACGUCAUAUUGUAAAUUAGAUGAGUGCCUCCUUAGAGGUUCUUUGAAUGAGGGAGUCACCCUCAGUCAUAUCUCUCAUCCACUUAACCACUUUUGCUCAAUAUCUGUAUCAUUACAUCCUUGGAUGAUAUAUAUAUAUAUAUAUAUAUAU